AUGUACUGCUAUCAUCAUAAUUGGCACAAGGGGAAGGUUUUUGAGAUUGAAGAGGCAGUCUCAGAGUUGAAAAUCAUUCAUGUGGCUGGAACUAAAGGAAAAGGAUCAACAUGCACAUUUUCAGAAUCUAUUCUUCGUGGUUAUGGUCUUAGAACUGGUCUAUUCACAUCUCCUCACUUGAUAGAUGUCCGAGAGAGGUUCCGUUUGAACGGCAUUGAGAUAAGCCAGGGGAAGUUUGUGGACUACUUCUGGUGUUGCUUUCAUAAACUCAAGGAGAAAACCAGCAAUGAGAUUCCAAUGCCUACUUACUUCUGCUUCCUUGCGUUGUUAGCUUUCAAGAUCUUUGCAACAGAACAGGUGGAUGUUGUGAUACUAGAGGUUGGUUUAGGUGGGAGAUACGAUGCAACAAACGUGAUUCAGAAGCAUGUCGUAUGUGGUAUUGCUUCUCUUGGUUAUGAUCAUAUGGAGAUUCUUGGACACACACUUACUGAAAUAGCUGCAGAGAAAGCUGGUAUCUUCAAGAGUGGUGUUCCUGCUUUCACAGUGCCUCAACCUGAUGAAGCAAUGCGUGUACUUAACGAGAAAGCUUCAAAACUGGAGGUAAAGUGCUAUACAAAAGAACCAAAUCAUUAG